UCAAGUGCCAUGGUUGCGACUUCUGCCAAGAAUUUUGGAAAUUUCCCCGUGACGUUCUGAACCAGCCUCUGGAGUUGGGCAAUUAAAAUGCGAGUGUAAUGUUUUUGCUUUCACUUGUAUCCCGCGCGCAGAGGCUAAGUCGGCCUCCAGCAAAAACAGCACUCGCAAAGACUCAACCAACUGCAGGGAAACAAUGGCGCAGCCCAUGUCCGCGAUGCAGCCAAAAACGCCCCUGGAAAUGGAUCUCACCUGUUCGGUGUGUCAGGACAUCUUCAGGAACCCCCAUCUGUUGCCUUGCGGACAUACCUUUUGCAUGGAGUGUGUCACGGGAAUGCUGAAUCAUGUCAUCCAGAUGGGCGGCUUUCGCUGCCCUGACUGCAGGACAUACUUUGGCCCCCUGAUCAAGAUCCAGAAGAAUUUCGCUUUGGCCAGUAUCGCCGAGAACUUCAGGGAGGCCCAGGAGGAGAAGGAUGAGUCCAUUGCCUACUGUGACUGCUGUGCACCGGGGGAACAGGAAGUGGCAGUGGACACCUGCCUAAGGUGUGAGGUGUCCAUGUGUAACGAGCACAUUAAGCCCCACUUGGUCCUUCCAGCCUUCAGAGGGCACCCUCUCACUAGGGCACAGGGCAACGCGAUGGAGAGGAAGUGCAAAAAGCAUAAAGAAUACAAGCGCUACAGCUCAGCAUCCAAGGAGUACGUGUGCAACAUGUGCGUGGUGGAGACCAUAUACACAGACAAUAUAGCCAAAAUGUCCAGCGCUAUGGAGAAAAAAAUUACGGACUGCAUAAUGGAGCACAGCGGGUUGCUGGGAGAGAAGCUGCAGGGCUGCCAGAGCAGCAUCUGGAAGCUGAAGGACAACAUGCAUCAACCAAUACAAAAGGUGGAAAAAAGCACCAGCAUGACCAUAAUCAUGGUAGUUUUGCUGCUGUUUGGAAUCAUGGCUGCAUACUGUGGACAUGUGGCUUCACAGGAAAUGAAACACCUUUUCAGUGCUUUGCAGAAGACUCUGCUCACCAAGGUUCACACAAGUGUGUCCAGACUCACUGGUGACGAUGUACUGACUCUGGACCCAGUCUCCGCCAGCCUAUUCCUCGAGGUGUCGGCCGACCUGCUGUCUGUGGAGCGAAGGAAGGAGCCUCUGCUACUGCCCCCACACCCCUACAGGUUUGACAAGGUCCCCCAGGUUCUCAGUGCCCAGUGCUUUGCCACAGGGAAUCGACACUGGGAGGUGGAGGCAGAGGGCUACUGGGAUAUUGCUGUGACCUACUCCAGCAUCUGGAGAAAAGACAAGGGAAACUCCACGUUUGGUUUCAACAAUAUGUCAUGGAGCCUCACGCACCAUAACAAAAACCUAUUUGUUUACCACAAUGGGGUGAAGCAGGAGCUAUGCAAACACCUGUCAAACAGCAAAGUGGCAGUAACCAUCAAUCAUCAGGAUGGUAUCAUCAGCUUCUGGGAUGCAAGCAUCUUAUCUGAUCCCCUGUACACAUUCCACACCAAAUUCACCGAGCCCGUGUGCCUCGGUUUUGGACUGUACAAAGCAGAGCCGCCGACCAGAAUCUCUAUACAACUGAGUGAACUGCAGCUGAAAUUACCUCUCAUUGCACCACAGUUGACACUUCUCCCCCCCCCACCCUCUGGGAUCCUUGGCAGUCUGACCCAGUCCAUUAAUCAGAAUUCUCAUGAAGAGAAAUAA